UCAUGUUUCCACAACUUUCCAACAAUCUUCCAUCUCUGUUGGAUUCUUGUUCCUUACAAUUUACAUUUUACAUACGUAAAUUAAACGUUAUUAAACAUUUGUGUUGUUUAAUUUAUUUAUUUAUUAAUUAGUAAAUAAUCUAUUAAUAUCCAAGAUGGCUAUGUCAAAAACAACAAACACUUACAAUCGACAAAAUUGGGAAGAUGCUGAAUUUCCAAUAUUGUGUCAAACAUGUCUUGGAGAUAAUCCAUAUAUUCGUAUGACUAAAGAAAAAUAUGGCAAAGAAUGCAAAAUUUGUGUACGUCCAUUUACAGUAUUCAGAUGGUGUCCAGGUGCAAGAAUGCGUUUUAAGAAAACAGAACUUUGUCAAACAUGUAGUAGAUUAAAAAAUGUUUGUCAAACUUGUCUUCUUGAUUUGGAAUAUGGUUUACCAAUUCAAGUACGUGAUGCAGCUCUUAAAAUAAAAGAUGAUUUACCAAGAUCAGAAGUUAAUAAAGAAUAUUAUGUACAAAAUAUUGACAAAGAAAUAAGUAAUAUUGAUCCAACAACACCUGCUGGUGCUGUUGGUAAAUCAAUAGCAGCAAGUGAUUUAUUAAUGAAAUUAGCACGUACAAGUCCAUAUUAUAAACGUAAUCGUCCUCAUAUAUGUUCAUUUUGGGUAAAAGGUGAAUGUAGAAGAGGUGAAGAAUGUCCAUAUCGUCAUGAAAAACCAACAGAUCCAGAUGAUCCAUUGGCUGAUCAAAAUAUUAAAGAUCGUUAUUAUGGUGUUAAUGAUCCAGUUGCUGAUAAAUUAAUGAGAAGAGCAGCAGCAAUGCCAAAAUUAGAACCACCAGAAGAUAAAUCAAUAACAACUUUAUAUAUUGGUAAUUUGGGUGAUGUAUUAACUGAAAAACAAUUACGUGAUCAUUUUUAUCAAUAUGGAGAAAUAAGAACAGUUACAAUGGUACCACGACAACAGUGUGCAUUUAUUCAAUAUACAUCAAGAGAUGAUGCUGAGGAUGCUGCUGAAAGAACAUUUAAUAAAAUAAUAUUAGGAGGAAGAAGAUUAACAAUUAAAUGGGGAAGAUCACAAGGAAGACAAGCAAUAUCAGCUGUUGAAACAUCAAGAGAAAUUCUUGAACCAGUACCUGGUUUACCUGGUGCAUUACCACCACCACCAGAAAAUAUUGGAAAUAAUUUUUUCAAUUUACAAUCAACAUCUGGUAUGAUGCCACCAAUGAUGGCUAUACCACCACCACCAGUUGCACCACAAUUUAUGUUUCCAUCACAAAUACCAUCACCAGCAUCAGCAACAUCAGCAGCAGCAGUUGCAGCAGUACCAUCACAAAUAUUUCCACCUGGUACUGCACCAAUACAUUAUCCAAGUCAAGAUCCAUCAAGAAUGGGUGCAAGUCAAGGUAUUGGAAAACCUUGGCCAGAAGAUUAAAUUUUAAAAAAACAUAAACAAAUAAAUGUUUAUUAAUCAAUUGUAAUAUCGAAAAUUAAGCAUACAUUUUUUCUUUUUUUUUUUUUUUUAUUCAAAUAAUUAAGUAUAAAUUUAAUAAAUAACAUGAUGAAUUUUAAUCCAUUUUAAAUAAA